CCCCCGCCGUAUCUGACACGAGCCGCUUUCCGACCCGGAACCUCGAAUCCUGAAACUCAUCACCGGCGCUAUUGAGAGUGCCUCCAUUGUUCGCCCAGAAUCCAUCCAAGACAGUCUGAUACCUUUCGAUCGUGCUCCCUCCAUCCUAACUUCGCCCGUGCUACACCGGCGCCGUCUCAUUCACCCCCCCAACCGGUCCGACGUCCAUCCCCUCCCUCUUCGUGCUGGGCGUCGUUGCCGGUCAUUGAUCCUUAUCCACCAUGUCUCUCCACACCUCCUACCACGCCGACUCCGAUGCAGACGACGAGUACGAACGCAGUGUCAUCACCUCCCCUCACCUAGCCACUGACUCGGAAGCCUCCCCCUCCGAGUCCGAGUUUCCCUCCGCCGAACAUACCCCGACCACCCUGGCCAAUUUCGACGAUAACCCUCGCUCGCCUAAGACAAUUAUUACAGAAUGGACGGCCGAAGAGAGCGCACAUUUUGUUGCCGCUUUAGGCCUGCGUCAGUACUGCGCGGCUUUUCUAGAGAACGAAAUCGUUGGCGAAGCGCUUAUCGCACUCAAACAUGACGAAUUGAAAGAGAUGGGUAUCGCUAGUGUGGGGCACCGCUUGACCAUCCUCAAGAGUGUGUACGAGACCAAGGUUAAGCAAGACAUUCCGCUGGACGCCGAUCAUUACAUUCCACUCUCUGCCGACCAAAGUAUGAACGAAGGUGCCACUCAAGACGAUGUCGCUCGUUUGAUUCAGUCCAUCCGAUUGCGAGACGAACGCAUAGUCACCGUGGAGGCAGAGUUGCGGCGCAUGGCAGACGACUAUCGCCGGUUGCGAGAGGAACUCCUACCCGUCUUCAAGAUGGCCAAGGAUCGAUCGCAACCGCUGCCACCCCCAUCGGCGGUCCCCGCACCUGGCACAGAAACCUAUCACGAGCCCCCGAAUCUGACUUCGCCCUCUGGAAUCACGCUCUUGGAUCGCUCGGGGUCGAUUCUCUCGAGAACAUUCUCUAAGAGAGGACACACCGGCGGGAAUACCCCCAAAACCAGCUCACCCACUUAUAUCCCACCUUCCAUCCACGAAGGACGCAUGUAUGGGGACGGCGGUGGCUUGGAUCCGUCCACGGCAAACUCAUCCCACAUGGCUAUGAUGAACGGAAAGGCCCAGUUAUCGCCAGGAAUCCCGUCGCCGACCUCUCCAGGCAACCUCCACACGCAGACUCUAGCUUCACGGGCCUACUCACAGCCUAGUUCGGCCAGUAUCAACCACGCCUCUCACAACCACCACGACGACACGCCUCCGACCCAAUCCCGCUCCGACCGAUUAAAUCCUACCCCAACGCAAGCCACGCGCCCUGACAUCCCGACACGGUCAGACUCUCGAGCAACUGGGGAUCCCCCGAGCGUGGAGAUCUUCAAGUCUUUCCGAGUAUCGUUGGAUGACCCCUGCCAUAAAGUCCUCCCCGCCGCUUUGAAGAAGUACAAUAUCAACGCGGACUGGAAGCAAUACGCACUGUAUAUUGUCUAUGGUGACCAGGAACGAUGUCUCGGGCUAGAGGAGAGGCCGUUGAUCUUGUUCAAGCAACUUCAGAACGAAGGACGGAAGCCGAUGUUCAUGCUGCGGAAACAAGUCCAUCCACAGGAGAACAACAUGUAUCCCACCGGUAGCGGGUCAGCGCCGAAUAGUGCUGGUUUCGAAGGGCGACAAGCUCAAAUCAAUCUACCCGGCGGAGUUUUGUGAGCCUUUCUUGAUGAUGAAAGUGUUCUGCUUUACUUUCUUGCUUGAGAUACCCCAGGCACCUCUGGUGCCCCACUACUUUCCCACCCCCUCUUUCAUCCUUCUUCACCCCGCCUACCUAGCCUCUACAUACCUUGACAUUUCUCCUUCUCACGAGUCCUUAUCUCUUUGGCGUGCAUACGUGUCUCACAAUAUGGCGUUGGGCUUGGCUUCAGGAUAACGCGGAACCGGAAAAGCAAAGCAUAUGGACACAGCGUGGUGAUUUCAGGGUCCAUUUCUAUUCUCAUUCUUGUUCAUAUACUUUACAUCUAUAUUUACCCUAAUCCGUGUCUCGAUAUGAGUAUGUCCGACCCUAUUAGCAACAUGUUAAAAUGUUAUAGCUUGCUCGUAUUCCGUGCUGCUAGUCUUGCCUGG